AUGACGACGCCGAGCCGGGAACGGGCCGCGCGGAAGUUGCUCCAGCAACCAACGCACCACCCGCCUGUUGGCUCCAGUGCCGCCAAGCGACUCAUGUACGAGAAGCAGCGCGAAGACGGAUGGAACAACCACUUUCUCGAGCCUCUCGUCCACGACAAGCCACGAGUUGAGCCUCGGCCACCGCCGCCAAGGCCGCCCAAUUCCCGCCAAGUCUCGGAGCACCCAUCAUCGCGGAAGCAGCGCAAAGCAAACUUGCCGCGCAAGACGCCGCCCAACGUCCGCUUGCAACCGCUGACGCCCAGUUCGCUCGUGACGAGCCCCCGCCUUCCCGAGAAAUCACCCGAGAAAAGCGAUACGCUGCGGCUCAAAGCCAUUACGGCGAUCGAGUACCGCGACAACAUCAUCAAGCAGCUGCACACGAUCCUCGCCGACGUGCCCACGUCGCCGAUGCGCCACCGCGGCGCCAAGAAGAUCACGCCGACGCAGCGCGAUGCGGUCGCUAGCGUGCUCCGCGAGAUGGUCAUGGAGCUUCAAAUGGCCGGCAUCCGCGUCGUCGAGGCCAUCGUCGCGUGGAUGCUGCUCGUGGGCAAGUCGGCGCCGCUACCCCCUGUCUUUCUCUGGCACGACGCCAACUACUUUGUGACGAUGCACAGCGAUAUGGACUUCCUCGGCGACGCCCUCGCCGAGCGCGGCCUCAGCAGCGUCGUCGGUGCCAAGAGCACGCGCCAGAACCCGCUGCUCAUCGAGCCCAACCAGCGCCUCGGUCGCGUCUACGCCGCUCAGUCGAUCAUCACAGAGAUGGUUGAAAUGAACCUCGUCUCGGGCCGCACCAACGCUUCACCCGACGACGAGAGCGCACUCUCGUUACUGGCAAAGGACGAGCCUGCUGUGUGCAGUGAGGUGGCCCCCAUGGACGAGGUGCGCGACAAUUCCGCGUCCGACACGGAAGAAGAGACGGAGGACGCGCACGUCUCUGCGAGCCAAGAUCCCGUGCAGCUAGAGACAAGCACCCACGACGACACGCCGCGCUCCGGGGAAGACACUUGGAGAGAUCCGAGCCCCAAAACCCAAGUCCAGGACGACGAGCCACACGGCGCCAACGACGGCGACGAGGACUAUGCAGACGACGAUUUCGACAACCAAGAAAAGCUAACGACGGACGACGAGCCACUGGACGAGGCGACAGACGUCGAGACGGGAGCCAAUGCCCAAACACAGUCCUGGCGCAACGCAUGGCUCGCUGCAGGCAUUUCGUCGAGCGUUGUUGAGACUGCCGCUGCGACCUGCAGCGGAGCGCCGCCUCAACCGUUCUGGGCCGAAGCAACCCAUUUGUUCCCGGUGUUGACGUCUAUGAUGGUCACGGCGACGCCGACUGCCGACCGAGACAUCCUCUUUGGCGCACUUGUGGCGUCGGUCGACGCGGCAGUGAUGCCCGUCGUCGCCUGCCUCGAAACCAAGUUGUCGGAAACGGCGGAUCCAGAUAACUACGAGGACGCUCUGGAGACUAUGCGCGACGCGAUCGAGAGCGCAUGGGCACCGCCACCAGACGCUCAGAGUGCCCUCGACCUUCUUGCAGCCCUUUUUGACGCCAAAGCUGCCACUCCUCCGUCGGCGAUGGUGUCCAAGAUCGCGCACCUCGUGUUCCCAUACUUGAUGGCCGCACCACGCGCCGAGUUGUCGGAUCUAUGUCGAGCAACGCUAGAGGCCAUGCCACCGGUAUUAACGCGCCCGUUUCUUUGGGACGCGACGGCCAAAAUCGUACUUCUCAUGGCGUCCGUCGAGCCGCCAACGCGGGAGCUCUCGAACCUCAAGUUCGUUGUUGACCGCCGCUCGAUGCUCACAUCAACAACGUCUGCGCUGCGAGAUCACGACGGCUCGUGGCAAGCCCUCUUCCCCUUCUUUGCAAGCGAGAGCGGCGAGAAGUUCGUGAACCUCCAGCGCGUUGAGGCCGGCGAGGGCCGUGGCCCGCUAAAAGAGUGGUUUGCACUCGUCUCGGAAGCCUGGGCAACGUCGUUCUGCGCUGUUUUCGGCGGCGACGAGGGCGCCAUCUCGGUCGACGGACGGCGUCUCACAGCGCCGCGAUCCUACUUGGGGUCGCGCGGCGUUCAACCUGGGUGGCGCCUAUGCCUCCAGGCGCAGUUCACAUUUGAUGUUGUGAGCGUGUCACACGACCAAGCGGCCAUCGAUCCGCCGUGGCCUGGAGACGAAGUCCUAAUCAGUCAUCCUGACGUCGUUUGGCUGGCCCCGACCGUGCCUCUCUUCAAGUACGUCCUCGCGUCCGAGAGCUACUGGUUCAACGAGCACGCCGUCGCGAGCCCGGACCAUAGCAAUGCACUCGCGCUCGUCGGGUGGGUUCUUGCCAUGGCGCUUCUGCACCAAACCACGAUUUCGCUCCGCCUCCACACGGGCAUUUUCUGCUGUCUGCUCGAUGAGACACCCCCCGACCGUCACCUCUUCGAAGCAGUAGACCCGGCACUCUCGGAGGCUUGGCGCGCGCUCCACUCGCUACCCGACUUUGCCACCGUCCUCGAGAUGGACGGACUUUCCCCCGACACGACCGUCGACGCGUACAUCGACCACCUUGUCCACGAGAAGGCUGCCGCCAUCGAGUGGCAGCUCAAUGAGCUCCGUCGAGGCUUCUACCACGCCAUGCCCAAGGCAUUUGCGUCGUGCGCGUUCACUGGGGCGCAGCUGCAGAAGGCGGUCUGUGGUCCACCCCCGAGUGACGCGUUCACGGUCCGCGACGUCUUCAAGGUCGUCACGGACGACGCGAUGCCCAACGCGAUGCAAACAGCGUUCUGGCGCGUCGUCGAUGGCUUUUCGCCGGCCGAGAAGCGCGCUUUCGUCAAGUUUGUCACGGGCGUCGAGACACUCCCGCCGCCACAGACCGAGCUGUUUCGACUGGAAAUGCCAUGGCCCGUGGCGACGGCGCAAGAGAAGGAGCAGGUCGUGCAGCGGCUUCCCCAAGCCCACACGUGUGAGAAUACGCUCGAGCUUCCCAACUACCUCGCUGGCCUCGACGGCGUGCCAGAAACCGAGCUCCCAGACGCAUUGGCGACGCUGCUGCGAAACAAGCUUCUCUACGCCAUCCAGCACGGAUGCUGCGGCUUUGAUCUGGACGUCGCCGGGUCCACAGCCCCUGCGACCACACCCGAGGACCAUGGCACCGAAGAGUCCAGCGACUUGAUGGAACUGCCGACGCUCGCGACCGAAGAGAGCACGAUAGACAUUCCUCUGCUGCAAUCCGAUGCGCCACCCUCCUCGGAUGAACCAGCAGCCAGCACUGGCAGUGACACAGCGGCCGACGCCCGUCAGCCCCAGCAGGCAAGGACGGGCGAUGAGCUCGACGACGAGUAUAGCUUUGACGACUUUGACGACGCCGUGUAA